UCCACCCUCGCGCGACAAUGGCGGCGCUCAAGUGGGAUUGGACUGCAAUGUUUAUUUUGAUUUUUGCCAGUCUAAUCUUCACUUGUAAAUGUGACAGUGUUGAAAAUUUAAACGAGAAGGAAAUCACGUUAGAAGCGGCGAGACCCAGUGAGACUCAGCACGCUGAAGAAAGCAGCACCGAGGAGGUCCAGGCUGACACACAGCAGUGGCAGGCGACAGACUCUGGGGUAAAUGAGGCACUUGGAGACAGCGAGGCUGUCUCUGGAAUAAAUGAUGCCCCUGGAGAUAGAAAAAGUUUCACAAAACCUCCCGCUAAAGACCACUUUCAGGAGGAGCUGGUGAUUCGACCCCUUCAUUCAGGAGACAUCUAUGCGAACUUCCAGUUUCGCACACAGUUGGACACAGAUUUUGUACAAGAAGGACAGAAAGUGUCCCAUUACCGUCUCUUCCCAAAGUCCCUGGGUCAGGUGCUGUCUAAAUUCGCAGUAAGAGAGCUGCACAUCUCCUUCACGCAGGGCUACUGGAGGACCAUGCAGUGGGGGCAGCCAUUCAUUCCCGCUCCUCCUGGGGCCGAGCUCUGGGUUUGGUUCCACGACACAGUGCUGGAUGUUGAUGAGAAAUGGAAAGAGCUCACCAAUGUUUUGUCAGGCAUCUUCUGUGCUUCUUUAAAUUUCAUUGACUCAACCAACACGGUAGAACCUACAGCCUCUUUUAAACCCCUAGGACUAGGAAACGUGACUGAUCAUCGUUUCCUUCGUUAUGCCACACUGCCGAGGGAAAUUGUCUGUACGGAGAAUUUGACCCCUUGGAAGAAGCUUCUUCCUUGUGGCUCCAAGGCUGGUCUAGCGGUACUGUUGAAGUCAGAGAAGCUUUUCCAUAGCAGUUUCCACUCAGAGGCUGUGCAUAUCAGACCCAUCUGUAAGGAUCGGCAGUGUUCAGGCAGAGCAUGGGAAUUGAGACAGACUCUCGGUGUGGUGUUUGAUCUCUACACCUCUGGCCAGGGCAAAAAGGACUGGUCCCUUUUUAAGAUGUUCUCUCGCACUCUGACUGAGGCUUGCCCUCUAGCGUCUUCUAGCAAAAUCUAUGUGGAUGUCACAGACAACCCCGAGGGUGAGCUGUUUGACCUGACUCCAGCCACAUCUAUCUUCGACACGGCUGUAAUUCUGGGGGAUCGCAGGACUUAUGCUGUGUAUGAUCUGACCAAAACUGAGACUUUUGGCCAGCUACGUUCUCUCAAUCUCUUAAUACGCUGGAAAGGGGAAGGUGGAGACAUGCUGCGUCCACUGCUCCAUGCAGAGCGCUAUGUGGCAGGAUUUGGACUCCAGACUGGCGAGAUCCACACACUAAUCUAUAAUAACCAUCCAUUCAGAGCUUUCCCUGUGCUUCUGCUGGAGUCAGUGCCCUGGUAUCUGCGGCUUUAUAUUCACACGCUCACUAUCACCAGCAAGUCACGUGAAAACACACCAAGCUACAUUCACUACCAACCUUCAAAAGACCGUCUUCGACCUCAUCUCCUCGAGAUGCUCGUGCAGUUACCCCCUCAUUCUGUGACUGAGGUGAAAGUGCAGUUUGAAAGAGCUCUGCUAAAGUGGACAGAAUACACGCCAGAUCCAAACCAUGGGUUCUAUGUCGGAUCCUCUGUGAUAAGUGCUCUUGUGCCAAGUGUUGUCGCCAUGGACAUCAAUAGCACUCAGGAGCAGCCGCUUUUCAGCAGCUUUUUCCAUAACAAAGAAGAGUCAAGCUACUUUGUUCGUGUGUACACCGAGCCUUUGCUGGUUAAUUUGCCCACACCUGAUUUCAGCAUGCCCUAUAAUGUUAUCUGCCUCACGUGUACGGUGGUAGCUGUGGCAUACGGCUCCUUUUACAACCUACUGACUCGGACCUUCCAGGUGGAAGAGCCAAGCCCACCACUAGCUAAACGCCUAGCCAACAUCAUCCGCCGCAUACGGGGAGUACCACCACUGUGAAGGACAGGAAAUUAAUUUAUUGAUCUUGAUUUGGGGGAACGUCUAUUUUUUUUUUUCUUCAUAUUGCUGAGACGAGUAGAAGUCAUGAAGAAUGCGUUAAUUUAAAGCCUUACCAAGAACAUAAUGUUAUAUGUUUUUUUAUUUUUUUUUAUUUUUGAGUCUGUUAACACUGGACAAAAUGGUUUUUUUUCUGUUUUAGUGCAAAAGGGGUUACUUAUUUGUUUAUAUAAAAAUGUACCAUUGUGUAUUGACAGUUUUUUACUCCAUUCAUCUGAAAGACAGACUUUUAGGAGAAAGAAAUGUGAAACCCUUUGGAGUAAAUGUUCUUUGGAAAUGAGCAAGCCAUUACUCACUAUGUUCUACAAAUCCAGUGAUCUGGAGAACAGAAUGUUCAGCAAAAUCAAGCAAAGAAAGGAAAAACUAGCCAUUAGGUUUAUUGCACCAAUGUAAUUAAUGUGAAAUUCCUUUCCCUUGACAGUACACAACUUGCUUGUUUCUUGAAAAAGAACCUUCAAUUGCAAUGCCGUUGUAACUAUGAUGCAUGUGUAAACCAGACAGGUGUUUACUAAAGUUGUUAAAGAACAGUGUGUUCGUCCAGGACUGUUGUUUCUGGCGAUCAGGGAAAUUCUUUUUGUUCCACUCCCGGUUGCUUAAACCAGGCAGCAGAAAUAUGAACAAUUUGUAAUAUUUAAUCAUUAAAAACCUGAAAGUAAAGUCACAGGACACUUCUGGUAGGGGUAUGAAUACUAAUGUUUGUGCAGGUGACUGAAACAUGUAUUAACCUCUACUGGUGGCUUUAGGCUGUUACAGAUGUUGUGUGUGCUCAUAAAUAAGACCCUUAAACUA